CCAUUUGAUCAACAACAUGGCGGCACGCCGCAGGUGGUUGUAAUUUAGGUACAGACCAUUGUGAGAUUGUGAGAACCACAAAUCUCACGUGUAUAUACUUAGUGAUUGAUGCGUAGAAGGGUUUUGAGCCUUUUAGUGUAAACUGUAAACUGGCCCUUAAAAACCCGAUUCGAGGUAACUGGUUCUGCCGAUAAGCAAUGUGUGUAAGUGAUUCUGUUCUUCAGAAUAGUCGCAGUAGGCGAAGACUGCGAUUGUUGAUGGAAUAAGAGUCAUGCGUGUUGUUGACAGAAUAGAACAAAAGGAAAUCGAUUAAUUUGCAUUCGCCCGUGUGACAUACAGUUCGGUAUGAGUUGAAUUUUCCGUAUUUAGCACGCUAGCAAUGAGGAACUAAUUAAGAUACACAAGUCACAUAACGAAGGAUGUGUAAGAUGAAGGAUGUGAAUAAAAAUUGAACAGAAGCAGUAAAAAAAUCUGCCAUUAUAUUGUAACGUGCUGAAGAACGCAUUAUUCCAAACAGCCGUUGCUAGACAACGGAUCAACGGAAUAAUAAGUGUAAAUGAAUGAGUUCAAUAAAUAAUCGUUUAAUCCGAAGGCUACGUGAAUUUAUUUGUCGCUGUGCAUACCCAACACGCGACAAUAUUUUAUUAUACCGUAUUUAAAAGAUUGUUCAAUGUAAAUACGAUUGCCAAACUUUAAAAAUGCCAUUAAAUCUGUUUGGUAAGAAAAGCAUUAAAGGUGUUGACAAGUCGCGUUUGGAACACAAAUUGUAUCUGGCCCGAGAAAACCCAGAACCAGUAUUUGAUUUGUCCGAUUGCAGUUUGAAAACCGUUCCAUCAGGAAUAUAUUCAUUAUGCAAGGUGUUCAGAAAGGAAGCUCUGUAUCUUCAGGAGAAUCAGUUAACAUCCUUAGCAGGAGGUGGAACCUUACAAGAUUUAUCAAUGCUACAGAUAUUAGAUUUACAUUCAAACUCUUUUGUAUAUUUGCCAGAUGAAAUUAGACUUCUGUGGAAUCUCAGGGUGUUAAAUAUUAGUUCAAACCAAUUGAAGCUACUGCCGGACUCGGUAGGACAGCUGGAGAAACUACAUAUAUUGAACACUUCAUCCAAUCAUCUGAAAGCUUUACCUGACUCUAUAGGGAAUUUGAAAUGUCUGCAGCACUUAGAUCUUCGUGACAACAAGCAGCUGAAAGUGUUGCCAGCUUCACUGGCUCGCCUAACAGGCCUCAAGGAUCUUGCUUUGGAUUCUCGGAGGUUUGAAUAUCCGCCUGAAGAGAUCGCCAUGCGAGGCACUGUUGGCAUCAUGCAGUUCUUGUCAGAAGAGCUUGGUAUGGAAUGCGUCUCACAUUCUGAUGCUGCAGACAAGGGUCCUGAGACCUCUCGUUCAGCUAAUGUUACUGACUGGGAAGAAAAAGAUAGAGACUUUCAGGCCAAAAUCCAGCAGCUAGAGAGACUGAAGGAGCAAAAGCAGCAAGAAUUGUUAGCUUUGGAAAGAAACUUGGAGGAACAUCAGAGAAAGGAAGUGGAACUUCAGGCUGCAAAGAAGAGUAACUCAGUACAGCUUUUAGAAGACUUGAUGGAACAGCAGAAUAAGCUCGAGAGUGAAAUACGUCAAAUACAAGAAAAACGAGAAGCAGGAAGAAUGAAGCUCAUAGAGCAACUCCAGGAAGUGGAAAAGACUGCACACUCUGUGAUAUCUCAUCUGUUGGCCAGCAGUGCCUCAUGGGACACACAACUUCAACGUCUGUUAGAACUGGAGCAGGAGGAAGAGCAGUGCCUUCUCAAUGUUGCGCAGGGCAGGUACCAGUCAUACCAGCGCAAGGACGUGAUCAAUGCCAUGGAAGCCAUUUUAGAGGAGGAGUGUCUUCGAGAGAAGAAACUAAGAGAAUACGGGGAGGGACGGGCUGAGGUUACCCGAACUCUGCUCAGCCAGCAGCUGGAGUCAGAUCAGCAGCUGGAGAACAUACUCAGUGCUCAGGGACAGGUCAGGGUUGAGUUGGUGGGACGCCUGCAACAGGAUGAGGAAUUGCAAUGUGCAGCAGUAGGGGCACUGCUGGAAAGAAGUGAUGCUCGCAGUUGGAGCCUUGUGCACCAGGUGUCUCUAGUUGAAUCACAGCUUGCUGCUUUGACAGCUGUAGAAAUGGAACGAAGGAAAUUACAGAUCUCUGAACAAGUGGAAGAAUUAUCUGAAAAGAGAGUUGCAUUGUCAGUUCUCCUAAUGGAUCUGCUGUCCCAGCAGGCUGAAAGGAAGCAGCAGUUACUGAACAUGCUUACAGAGAUGGAGGAACGACGAUGGAUAGAUGAAGAGGGACAAAGCAAAGAUGGUGACUUCUGGUUGCGACAGUAUCAAAGAUUGAUGGACAGCCGGCCAGGCUAUCUUGUAGAAGCAGAUCAGACAUUAGACCCACUGCUAGCUAACCACCUAGUUGUUGCUGGUGUAAUUCACUGCUUGCCAUUUUUGGCAAGGUGGGUUCAGUCUCCUCAAGCUCUUCACGAUGUUACGGAUACAAUGCUGAAGGAGUCUGGUGUGAUACAGUCUGAGACCCGUUCAGCAAUUCUCAAGGCUGUAAGAAUGUACUUGGAAGAGCGAGCCACAAUGGCAAACAGUGUUCUUGAGAGGGCACCGACUCCUGGCACAGACCUUAUGCCAGAACCGUCCGCACCUCCAGCAGAGGAGAUGGGAGAAGUUCGCAGCAUGAGCGGCAUUCCAAAUGUAGAAUGUGUUGUGUGCAUGGAUGAGAAGUGUGAAAUCAUCCUGGUGCCUUGCGGCCACAUGUGUUGCUGCAUCAAGUGUGCAGAGAAGGUGGUAGAUUGUCCCAUGUGCAGAAAUGUCAUCGAGAGGAGAAUCCGUGCCAUACUGCCAUGAUACAUGACACUGAAGGCAGACAUCUCAAUAAGUCAGGAGGAAAUAUUUUAUAUGUACUUACAUGAGCACGUAAUACAGGGCGGCUGUUGUUGGCAUAGCCUCUCUCAUAAUGUGUGAUCACUAUAUUGGCUGGCAUCGUUCACACUUGGACAGCUGCAGUAGCAGCCACACUGCAGAAACAUCACAGAGUGAAGUUUUCCCACAUUCACUAUAAAAUUUUGCCACAGUCUCACUAUCACCGCAGAUGACUGAAUAGGAAAGGCAACAACUGACAUAGUGGAAAUGGCUGUUAUUUGGCACAGCCAUUGUAGUGUGGUUGACUGACCCCUUACUGAUCCUCAUGAUAACUGAAACUAUCUUGUUCCCUUUUACUUGUGCUGUAGUUGAAUGGCAAUUGCACUUUCCCCCCCCCCC